AUGGAUUCAAGUGCAGCUAACUUCCGUUUUAGAGUUUCGAGAACAGUCGAAGAAGAGUCUGCUUUAGUCAGUGAAGCUAGACCAAGUAGCACGAUGCACAAAGAUAGGUGGGCGGUGGAAAUUUUUCGUGAAUGGCAAAGGUCGAGAACAUUGAAAUUUCCGGAUUUAGCAGUUGGAAGCGUUUUUAAAGAUUACAAUUUUCACCUCGUGUGUUCUGUUGAAGACAAUGUGGAGUACAUGGAUGCUUUAUCAUUCAACUACUGGCUUGCUAAAUUUAUCCAGGAGGUGGCAAAUAAGACGGGCGGCCGGUGUCCUCCAAGAACGUUGUAUGGUAUCGUAUGCGGUCUAAAGAGGCAUUUGGAGGAGGUGAAGGGCGCAUCCGCAUUCAAUCCUUUAGAUUAUAAGGACAAGAGGUUAGAAAUAUUUCGUCGCCUACUGAACGCUGAGAUGAAAGACGGCACUCGUACUGGUGUGGCGCUUCAGGCAAAAAGAGAGGAGAAAGAAGAUGUAUCUGACAAAGAUGAACAGUUGUUUUCGUUGUUUUUAGUAAGUUGA